AUGGAGUCGGUGAAAAAGAAAACGGUCGUGCUCAAGGCUGCCCAAGAUGCGGAACUACAGCACCUGGGAUUAAGCGAGAGUGGGACUUUCUUCGGCUUCACGGCCCCUACAGAAACAUUACCAGAAUUACAAGAAUCUCGAAUGCUUGAGAACUCCAUGAAAGUUUACUUAUCAAAAUACCUGAAUAGAAGCAAAGACAACAGAGAGCAGAAUGUGGAAAAGAAGGAAUUGUUUUUGGCGCUCAUGAUAGCGCUCGAAAUAGAGACAAAACCCGGAGAAAUACUCAGAUGCAGGCAAUUGCCAUCAGGAGAUGUCGUAGUGAUUUACACAAGCGAACAAGCUAGAAGACAAAUGCUGAAACAAGGUAAAAUCACAAUACAACUAGAAGAUAGCAAGAGGCAUGUCCCCAUUGGCCCGAUGAACAAAAACGGUGAGCUUUAA